AACCCUCAGUUUGCUGAGCUGAUGAGUGGGGUUGGUAGAGCGAGACUCCACGCAGAGAGACGCUGCACACGCGGGGAACAGCACUCCGUUUCCGUUACAGUCACUGUCCUUCUGAACGCUCCGCACACAGCGAUCCUUUCCACUGUCAGUCAAAACUGGAAGGACUAUGACAGAUAGACCCAUCUGCCAGUUUGGAGUGAGCCAGCUGGGAAGAUAGAACAUUUGUGACUUCUACAUCUCCAUCACAAAGAUGAGGAAUAUUAUCCUGGGCAUUGUUUGUCUCUGUAUUUGCCUGACCCUUGAUGAUGCACUGGCUUUAAAUGGACGAAGGACACACAUAGCAGAUGGAGAGGGAAUAGAAGCAGCCAUCAGAGGAGAGAAGUUGCUGAAACGAGUGAGGCGAGGCUGGAUGUGGAACCAGUUUUUCCUGCAGGAGGAGUAUACAGGCUCUGACUACCAGUAUAUUGGCAAGCUCCAGUCAGACCAGGACCAUGGCGAUGGCUCAGUGAAGUACGUUCUUUCUGGCGAGGGGGCUGGCACCAUCUUUGUCAUUGAUGAGAAUAACGGCGAUCUGCACGCCACGCGCCGCCUUGAUCGAGAGGAGAAGGCCUUUUAUGUCCUCAAAGCCACAGUGGUCAACAAGUGGACGGGUCAAAAACUGGAGCCAGAGACCGAGUUCAUCAUCAAACUCCACGACAUCAAUGACAACGAACCAAAGUUCAGCAAAGAGGUGUACACUGCCAGUGUUCCUGAGAGGUCUGAUAUUGGUACAUCGGUCACCCAGGUGACAGCUACAGAUGCUGAUGACACAAUGUAUGGGAACAGUGCCAAACUGGUCUACAGCAUCAGUCAAGGACACCCAUACUUCUCUGUGGAGCCAAACACUGGUGUGAUCCGGACAGCCCUGGGUCCUGGUGACAUGGACCGUGAGCAGAGGGAGCACUACCAGGUGGUGAUCGAAGCCAAGGACAUGGGUGGACAGAGAGGAGGCCUCACUGGGAGCACUGUGGUUAAAAUCACUCUCACUGACGUCAACGACAACCCUCCCCACUUCACUCAGAGUAUAUACCAGUUCAGAGUUCCUGAAUCGUCCACGUCCGGCUCUGUCGUUGGGAGAAUUCAGGCCACUGAUAAAGACAUUGGAAAGAACACUGAGAUGGACUUCACCAUCAUCAGCGGUGACGGGAUGGAAAUGUUUGACAUUUCCACUGACAAAGAAACACAAGAAGGACUCGUCACUGUCAGAAAGCCUUUGGAUUAUGAGAAGAAACCAUCAUACACGAUCGAGAUCCAGGUCCAGAACACCCAGGAAUAUGUUCGCUUCGUGUCCUCAGGCCCAAAAGACGUGGCUACGGUUCGGUUGGCCGUGGAUGAUGUGGAUGAGCCGCCUGUGUUUAAAAAAGCCAGCUACCUGUAUGAGGUGAAAGAAGAUGUUGCGGUGGGCACAGUGGUGGGCUCAGUCAGCGCCAUGGACGCCGACAGAGCUCGCAGCAUUGUCAAUUACUCCAUCGACCGCCGCACUGACAGGGGCCACCUCUUCAACGUCUAUCCGAUGAAUGGAUCUGUGUUCCUGCUCAAAAGCCUGGACAGAGAGACGACUGCAUGGCAUAAUAUUUCAGUUGUUGCCACAGAGCUGAAUAAUCCCCGUCAGAGCAGCAGCGUCAGUGUCUACAUCCGUCUGCUGGACAUCAAUGACAAUGCUCCCAUGUUUGCCACUGUGUACGAAACCUUUGUCUGUGAGAAAACCAAGGCUGGCCAGCGGAUCCAGACAGUGAGUGCUGUUGAUGCUGAUGAGCCAUCAUCCGGACACAAGUUUGCCUUUAGUCUGGCUCCAGAGGAGACUCACCACAGAAAUUUCAGCGUCAGAGACAAUGGAGACAACACUGCUGGCAUCCUGACUGGCCGAGCCACCUAUAGCCGCCUUCACAAGAGCGUCUACUUGGUUCCUGUGGUGAUCACCGAUGAUGACUACCCCAUGCAGAGCAGCACUGGCACACUUACUGUGAGGGUUUGUACCUGUGACCAUGAAGGCAACAUGGAGCUGUGUAAACCCGAAGCUCUGAGUAGCUCACCUGGCCUCAGCACAGGAGCCCUCGUUGCCAUCCUCCUCUGUGCCAUCAUACUCCUCUGAACACUCUGUGAUUUCAUCCGAACAUUGAGAUUGAGAGCGGGGGCAAACAAAAACCACUUACAGUUUUGGUGCAGACACAAUUCUUUUCCCCGGAGACACCGUUCACUGUCCUUACAAGAAAACUCAUAAUGAUCAGAAGUUGUUGCUGUAAAGUUAAUAUAGUUCAAAGACAGACCACAAGGCGGCACUAU